CCUCCUCUGAAACGGGAUGUGAUGUAAAUACACAGCAACUUCUCUUUUUUUCUCGUUCCUCUCUCUUUGGAGUGUGCGGAUCUUCUUCUUCUUCCAAGACAUUUGUUGAAGCAAAAGUAGGAGACGCAAAAGAAGACAGACGGCAGACAGGAAACCUUCAGGGAGUUAAAGUCACCGUUAGUUUUCUCCACGAUGAUCCUGUGAGAUCCUCCGUCUCUCCCCCCUCCCUCCCUCCCCGCCACCGACAACACUCACACGAGCUGCCGCACCGGACUCAGAGAAAAACGGAGAAACCCGGAGAGAAGCUCGCAGCUGGACAGAGAUGUAGCGUGUGUGUUGGUGAGAUUGGCGGACCAUCAUGCACCUCUUCCUGCUGCUGAUCCUUCAAGCCACAGCAGCCUUCGGACAGAUCGACCCAGCACACUGUCGCUAUGCCUUGGGCAUGGAGGAUGGACGGAUUAGAGACGCUGACAUCACGGCAUCCAGCCAAUGGUACGAGACCACAGGACCACAGUACGCCAGGUUGAACCGUGAGGAGGGAGACGGCGCCUGGUGUCCUGAGGGACAGCUGGAGCCUUCAGACAGCCAAUACCUGCAGGUGAACCUGGGUAAGCUCACCUUCCUGACAGUGGUCGGGACUCAGGGACGAUACGCCAGAAACUCCGGAAACGAGUUUGCCCGAGCUUACCACCUCAACUACAGCAGGGAUGGCGUGCUGUGGAGGUCGUGGAAAAACCGGCUGGGAAACACGGUGAUAGAGGGCAACAAAAACGCCUAUGCCUCAGUCAUCAACGAUCUUCAUCCACCAAUCAUCACCCGCUACGUCCGUUUGAUUCCGAUCACCAUACUGUCCACCACUGUCUGCAUGAGAGUGGAGCUGUACGGCUGUCCCUGGGAUGAAGGUCUGAUCUCCUACAGCGCUCCAGAGGGUCAGCUCAUGAUGCCACCUGGUUCUCCCAUCGCCAACCUCAACGACUCCACGUAUGAUGGAGCACAUGAGAGGAGGAGGCUGUUUGGCGGGCUGGGACAGCUGACGGACGGUGUGAUCGGCCAGGACAACUUCCUGCGGACGCGUCAGUACCACGUGUGGCCAGGCUACGACUACCUGGGCUGGAGAAAUGACUCGCUGGGAACUCAGGGAUAUGUGGAGAUGGAGUUUGUAUUCGACCAUCAGAGGAACUUCACUUCCAUGAAGGUUCACAGUAACAACAUGUUCUCCAGCGGUGUGAAGAUCUUCUCCUCCGUCUCCUGUUUGUUUAAACCCCACAUCAAUGCUGACUGGGAGGCGGAGCCUGUGGCAUUCAAGACGGUGCUGGACGACAGAAACCCGAGUGCCCGGUACGUCACUGUACCGCUGAACCGCCGCACUGCCAGAUCCCUCCGCUGCCACUUUUACUUCGCCGACGUCUGGAUGAUGUUCAGCGAGAUCUCCUUUCAGUCAGAGGACACCAUACUCCUGCCUCAGGAGACGUCAUCUACAACCAGUGAGGACAGCACCACGACACCCACACCAAAGACAGAAACCAGUCCAUCAACCAGCUACCCACCAGACGACGGGAACACACCCAUUCUGAUCGGCUGCCUGGUGACCAUCAUCCUGCUGUUAGUCAUUAUCAUCUUCCUCAUCCUCUGGUGCCAGUAUGUCUGCAAAGUGCUGGAGAAGGCUCCUCGUCGGAUCUUAGACGAGGAGGUGACGGUUCGACUGUCGUCCUGCAGUGACACCAUUAUCCUCCAGACCCCCCCUGUGCCCCCCCGGUCUGGACACUCCUCUGCAGGCCCUGCUCACACGGACCCUCACUACGAGAGAGUUUUCCUGUUGGACCCACAGUACCAGAACCCGGCGGUGCUGAGAAACAAGCUGCCAGAGCUGUCACAGAGCGCCGAGGCAUCAGCGUGUGGAGGAGGCUACGCCGAACCUGACAUCACUCAGUGCACGCCACACCAGUGUUUCCAUAGCAACGCGCCACACUAUGCAGAGACGGAUAUCGUGCGGCUGCAGGGCGUCACCGGCAGCAACAUGUACGCCGUCCCUGCCCUCACUGUGGACUCGCUCACCAGGAAGGACAUCUCUGCCGCCGAGUUCCCACGACAACAGCUGAUCUUCAGGGAGAAGCUGGGGGAGGGGCAGUUUGGAGAGGUCCACCUGUGUGAGGCUGAGGGACUCCCAGAAUUCCUUGGAGAGGGAUCGCCCCUCCCCGAUAGAGACGGCCGCUCAGUGCUGGUGGCUGUUAAACAGCUGAGAGCCGACGCUACCAGCCAAGCCAGGAACGACUUCCUGAAGGAAAUAAAGAUCAUGUCUCGUCUGAACGACCCCAACAUCAUCCGGCUGCUGUGUGUGUGUGUAUCAUCCGACCCUCUGUGCAUGGUGACCGAGUACAUGGAGAAUGGAGACCUCAACAUGUUUCUGUCACAGCGGGAGAUCGAGAGCACGCUGACACAUGCCAACAACAUACCUUCAGUCAGUCUGUCCGACCUCCUCCACAUGUCGGUGCAGAUCUCAUCGGGGAUGAAGUACCUGGCGUCUCUGAACUUCGUGCACCGCGACCUGGCCACCAGGAACUGCCUGCUGGACCGCCGCCUCACCAUCAAGAUCGCUGACUUUGGAAUGAGCAGAAACCUGUACAGCAGUGACUACUACCGCAUCCAGGGCCGGGCAGUGCUGCCCAUACGAUGGAUGGCCUGGGAGAGCAUCCUGCUGGGUAAGUUCACCACAGCCAGCGAUGUGUGGGCAUUUGGUGUCACCCUGUGGGAGAUCUUCACUCUGUGUAAGGAGCAGCCCUACAGCCUGCUGUCAGACGAACAGGUCAUAGAGAACACUGGCGAGUUCUUCAGGAACCAGGGCAGACAGAUCUUCCUAUAUGCUCCUCCGCUCUGCCCUCCCUCUCUCUUCGAGCUGAUGAUGCGUUGUUGGAGACGCGACAUCCCCGACCGACCCACGUUCGAGGGGCUUUACCAAGCUCUGAGGCCCCACGUCAACCAGUGAGCCAAGGCCGCUGGGAUGUACCACUCGGGCUCUGCUCGGCAGCAGGUUUGUCCAUCUCUGGACUCCUGUAAGACGAAAGACUGACAUGAGAACACAGAAGGAUUGAAUUGCAUUACGAUAGCGAGUUGCUGUCAGAGGGAAUGAGGUCUGUGGGCAGAAGGUUGGUAAGCUUCACAGAAUUAGCAGCACGCUAUUCUGAGAGACACGAAGGAGAUGGAUGGAAGAAAGGCUGGUCAACUUAGCGGAGAAACAUUUUGCAAGAUCCAAACCUUUGAUUACUAAGCUUCUAAAGAUUUCUGUUGUUGAUGAUUUCACAGUUUUAUCCAUCUGUUUUCAUUUGAGCUGUUCAAAGACCAAAACUUCUUGUCGGACCUUUCGACUUAUCUCAUUUUCAUGUUGUUAUGGUACCAAAGGUGCCAUAAACUUUAUUUUCUUCCUCACUUUGGCCUUUAAAGAUGCCAAAAACUGGACAGACUUCAGCUUCAGUCUUGGUAGUUUCUCCUGUCCCUGUGGUUUUUAUUAUUAUUGUAAAGCACUGUGUCUGUGUCUCUCAGUUAUUCGUGUUCAUAUAUUAACCCACACUGGAGCUAGGGCUAGGGCCAAAUUGUAGUGUAGGAUUUUAUUUUUAGAUUUUUAUUCUAUUUUAUUUUUCUUGGUUUACCAUAUUUCUGUUUUGUUGGUCUUUUUUGUGGAUAUGAAUGUUUGAGGCUGCAUUGAAACCUGUGUGGUUCACAGACUGAGGAUCAGUCAGUGGGUAACUGUGGGCAAAUAUUGAUUUGAGGCGCAUUGAAACCAAAUAAGAAAAAACUGAGUUGUGCUUUUUUGUUCCCAACGAGAAAUAAUGUGUUAGCGUUAAAACAAUUACAUGAUUAUGAUGAAAUUGUAAAACUCAUCCUCCUACACAUAACAUCGACCAGUUGGUGGAUGCUUUAACUCAAAGUGCCUUACAUCUGUAGCAUGAGUUGUACCAGUAGGAAAGAAGCCACCAUUAGCGACACGGGUACUGCAAGUCAGAAGAGUAAUCAACCAAUUAUCUUAUGUCAAGGUAUCACUUUACCUGUGUCUGUGUUUGUACUGAGGCCUCUAAAAUGUAUGUCAAGUGUGUAUAUGUCUGUGUUAGAGCCCAUAAACCUGUAGGUCAAUAUAAUAUUCUCCAUUAGCCCUGUUCCACUUUGAUGAGGAUGAUCCCUCCAAAGACUAGCAAGAUUAAAAGCGUCAACAUUUCAUAAUUAGAAAGGCAUUUUUCAAUUGUCAAGUCAGAAUAGUUUUAGGACUAGAAUGAGAAAACAGUGAAACAAUUGACAGACUUCAAAUUAAGAUUCAUUGUCUUUCUCAAACAGAAACAUGGCCUUUGCAACAACUCAGCGCUACUCUACCUUUCUGUUAAAUAAAGAGCUAUCAUGUUGUUCAGUGUUGUAGAUAUACAGGUUUGGCUUAGUUCACAGUAAAGACACUGUAGCACCGCCGCAAGACUAGCACAAAAACUACAGGGCGAGCAACAGUUUGACCUCCUUUGGACAUUUUCCCUGCAAAAACCUGAUUAACCCCUCUCCUUUUGCCAAAAUGAGACAUGCUCAGGUUUGUCUGGGUUGUCUAAGUCAAAGAGGCUUGCUAAAUCCUUUUCUACACAUCUUAAUUCCUCCCAUCAGAAGCCAAAUGCUGCAGUCUUGUCCUAUAGUUACUGUUGUGGUAAUCAUACUAGUCUUGAAGCUCAGCAGUGGAGACACUAGCAAACUCUUGCAAACUAAUUAGCUUGCUAGUUGUCAAGAACUAGAUGAGGUUAACCGGGGUUUAAGAUAUGCUGCCUACCUUGCUUGAUGAUAAACCCCCAAGCUAACUAGUGCUACUACUAAAACUACUAGUAGUAGUAUAAUAAUGUAUUGAUCAAAUUUAGCUUGGUUCUAAACACUGUCAUCACUGGUUAGCUACCUGUGUAGCUAGCUACAUAACCACCUAGAUGGUCAGUGGUACGGUUAGACCUGGUGCUUUUAAAAACAACCGCACAUGUAGUCUACAUUUGGGGCCAUACAUAGCAGAAUUACUUUGUUAGAAUGGGACCCUCUGAGCUCAGGGUCAAUGAGCCAAUAGAGACUAAGGAGAAGCUCAUAGACCUGGACAGAUGGAGACAUUGGACAAGUGCCACCUCUUACUGCAUUAACCAGCCAAUCACUGCUGUACCUUUCCCAAUGCCUUCAACAAGACUCAUUAAAGAAAAUAAAGAUAUAGGCACAAGUAAGGCCUGCAAACAAGAUGUUUGGAAAAAGCAAGUUUCUUGAAAUACAUACUGAUUCUUAACCAUAUGGCAUUCAAAAGAGUUUAGUUUAUAAAACCAAUGUAGAUAGAUGCAGCACAUAACAAAAGGAGCACAGGGCUGCACAGUAUACUCUAGCAAUCAUAAGUAAAUGUAUGGAAAGGUGAAGUUGGAGGAAGCUUGCGAUGAUGAUGUUGAUUUCUACAUACAUUUACUGCAGCAUUUCUAGCCAUAAUGUCAGGAUGAUAAGGAGAACUUUGAGCAAGUAAGCUGAUUGGCAAAUCUGUGUGUCUCUAAAAGCCUGAUCACACCAGCAUUUAAACAGAAAAUUUUCAGCUUGAAGCCAGUUUUUUUCAAUGGAAUUGCUGUGAUCAGUGGAUACACUCAAAUCUGUGGAAAUCUUUCAUGUCAAAUUUAACUUUGGUGAACUUUGACAUGCAAAUUUGUACCAUUGACCAAUAACAAACCAUCUUGUUAGUGCUGAUCUUCAAGGGAACGGAGAGUCUGAAUUAGGAAUAGUAGUCAUAGCUUGUUAGCUGUGACACACCAUCCACUUUAACUCUACUUUGUAAAGUAUAAAGUGCUUCUCAAAAGAGACAUAUGGUUUGUAGACGGUUGAGACAGGAGUGGAUGGUACAAAUACAUCUUUUGAAUAAACUGUGUGAACUUGUUAUGCAGUAACUGACCAAACUAGUGUUAUGCUGUGUUCAUGUUAUGUUGAAUGAAAAGGAAGGCUUGGAGAGAUUCCCUUGCACAUCAUCAGACAACUCAGGAAGGUUGUAUGAUAACUGAUUUGGUGAUAUGAGGGUUCAAAACACUGUGCAUUUACAAUGUCACAUCAUAUCCAUUAAAUUUACAUUGAAUGACAUAUUUUGGCUGGUGUUAGGCAUUUCUGUAUUAUUAAAUCAGAUAUAUCAGAGCUUUCAGAAAAAUCCCAGUUUCCCAGUCCUAAUUACAGCUUGGAGGUUGACUUGAGCACUAUUUACAAGUUGGAAACACUUAAUUGGUAACUGAUAUCACACGAACAAGGCAUUAGCCAGCUUGCUAAGUGACAGUUAGUAGGCUAGCUAACUUAGAUAGUUAUAAAUGAAUCCGGCGGCUGAUUUAUAUGUUGCAUUCUCAAGCAUCACCGCCAUUACUUCAGUAGCAGAGUGAAACUGAACACAUUUAAACUGACAGUGAAAGCAGAGAUGUUUGGGUUUAUCAUGGUCAGCAGUCGCCCCUUCCGACAGAUGAAGAUUGCCUGUGUAAAUGUGGAGUUAUUCAGUCUCUAAAAGUAGUCUGAAAUUAUGAAUUAUGAACAAAAACAUGAACAUGAACAUAGCUUCUGUUCAAUCAAUACUACACAGUUGGGAUGUUAAAGUGUUGUGUGGAGUAAUUUAUUAAACCCAGCAGGAAUUACUUGCUAGCUCAUGAUUUAACUAAUCAAACUCCAUGAUUUCUUGCAUUUUAAUCAGAAUAAUAGCAUAAUUAAGAUAAUAAAAAACUGGAAACACAUGAUACUGUAAAAGUAGAAUUUCAGCAAGGUAACCAAGUACCAAUCUAACAGAGAUCAGUGGGGUGGCAGCUCACCAUCAGCCCCGUGUAGGCAGAUCACUCGAUCUUUAGCAGUACCUGGUCAGUCAGAAUGCGACUGAAACAUGAGGAUUUAAUGGAAUUUUAUGAAAUUCGUGGAACAGAGGCUUGCGACUUAAAUACUACCCAUUUUUCCAAAGUCUCAGUUUCUUGUUAGAGCAGCUAAUUGCAUAACAGCUGCCAGUACAGUAAGGAGCAAAACUGGACUUCCGAUUAAAUUUCUCUGAAAAAUUAAGUUAUUAGUUUAUAACCUGUAUUUUAAUGGCAUAUGAUGACUCUAUUUUUCAUAUAUAACUGCUGUUACUGGAUGACUUGGACAUAUUCAUUGGCAAAAACAUCUAAGCAGUGAUAUGUGGGUUUACAAGUGAGGUGCCACUGCAGUAAUGAUGACUGUGCUACUUCGCCUGCAGCCCAGAUUCGUCUAUAUUGACUGACUGACUAGUCCCCGGCUGGCUAGCGUGUUAGCAGUUAGCUUGCCAGCUACAGUAGCUCACCAACUUGCCCUGCUAGUAGUCACUUUCUCACUAAGUUAGCACCACAUAUUUCACAAUGAUACGUGAACUUCACUGUAUGUGCAACUUUCUGGCAUGAUCUAGGCUGAAGGAUAAAUUAUCUUUAUAGUCAACUUUAAUAUCUCAUGCAUAAGGGUGGUAAAGCAUAUUUUCAUCAUUUUAUGUCCCAUUCUUUUCAUGUUAAAGUCAGUGUGCAGUAUAAAUACAAGCAGUAUAUGUGUUCAGUAUUUUGAAUCCUCCCUAAGAACAAAAUGUAAAAUGGUGUAAACCAACAUUACCUUCACAGGAAAGAGGGAGAAAGACCAAAUCUGUUUAGUUUGAGUGCAUCUUUCAGUGUUUUUGGUGUUACAGUAGUGUUUUGUUAUCUGUACUGUAUCUUCUGUGAGUGUGUGUGCAUGCGUGUGUGUUUAAGAGAAAAUUAGUUUUGUGAAUGAGUGUUUUCAACAUUCCUUUGAGCACUGGGAGCUAGUUGGGAUUAAAGUGGUUAACCGGAGUUGCUCAGUUGUGCCAAAUGAUGUGAUUAAGGCAGGAGAGGGGGAGUUAAAGGACAGGAAGUAAGGAAACCACUAAACUCAAUCUCCCAGAGUCCUUUGCUACAGUGAGCCUGUGUAUUUUGUUCUGGUUCCAUUAGAGAGACAGAGAGUCUUUUAGUUGGAUAGUGUACAGUAUACGUGAUCUAUAUUAUCUCAGUGUGUGAAUGCAGAUUAGGUGUGAUAAUUGUUAUUGAUAAUUGAUUAUCUAUCAGAAUUUAUAAUAGCUAUUUCUUUGGUUAUUUCUAUUCUGGGAAGGUGUUGGGUUUUUUUCUUUUUUUCCAACAGGAAAUCAGCAGUUUUGAACAUUUCUAGUUGAGAUGUCAUGUUUGUUUUCCUGUUGUGAUAUCUCUUAAUUUCUCCUCCACACUGUUUGAUCUUCAGUAUUGUUUCAGACAUUCAGUAUAUUGUACAUAGGCUAGUAGCUGUGUAUAUUAAUAUAUUGGGAGCUGGGAAUUUUAGUGUUCUGUUGUCCCAAAUCAUUUUCACUCUGUACCCUCUCAUGUCUUGGUUUGUUUUUCUUAUAAUAAACAGUAAAAUUUGUUAAACAGAAAA